AUGAUAACUAAUAAAUUGAAUGUAUUAUUAUUAGUAGUAACUCUAUACACACUGUAUGGUUACUGUAGUGGUAUCGGGUUUAACAAUUAUGGUAGGUUACGGCUACCGGUUCCCGACAAUCAUAUCCAAACAUUACCAGAUAAAUGGUUUGACCAACGAUUAGAUCAUUUUAAUACAAGCGAUAGCCGUACAUUCAAACAGCGUUACUUUAUAAACGAUAAAUAUUACAAAACCGGUGGACCAGUAUUUCUGGUAUUAGAUGGUGAGGGAGAGUCCAGUGACUACUUUAUAACAGAGGGUGCCAUUGCCAGCUAUGCCCAACAGUUCAAUGCAUUGGCCAUAGAGUUGGAGCACCGGUAUUACGGCCAAUCGGUGGCGACACCUGACCUAUCGUUAGACAAUUUGAGAUACCUGUCCAGCAAACAGGCUCUCAAAGAUAUUGAACAGUUUAUCCUAAAAUCAACCGAUAGUUUAUCGUUGACUAAUACUAGUAGUAAAUGGAUAGCAUUUGGCGGGUCGUACGCGGGAAAUCUAGCCGCUUGGGUCCGCGAAAAAUACCCGCACGCAGUGGCCGGUUCGGUGGCCAGUAGUGCACCGGUUGAGGACCGGUUUGAAUUCAAAGAGUAUUUCGGUGUUGUUGAAGAAUCUUUAAAGAAAUGUUCAAAACCUAUUGGAGAGGCUGUCCAUCAAUUAGAGGAUCUAUUGAAGACACCGGAGGGCAGGCAGUCAAUCAGCAAACAGUUCAAUCUGUGUAAACCAUUGAACAGUACUACGGACACCAGUUCCGUACAUUUGCUUAGAUUUGGGCUAAUCAUACCGUUUGCUGUGGCCGCACAACACGACGGCAAACCCGGUAUAAUCGGUGUACAAGAAGUAUGCAAAGGGAUGAUGACGACCACCAACGAUAUGGAUGGGUCGACACCAUUGGAUAGAUGGGCAAAAUUGCACAAACAGUUUAGCAAAGGCGAGUGCAUUGACUACGAUUACAAUGAAAAUAUUAGAGUCUAUAGAAAUACGUCGACAACAUCACCAAUGGCUAGGGCCGGGAUGCGACAAUGGACAUACCAGGACUGCAAUGAGUUCGGCCUAUUCCAGACCACUGGCCUCCCGGACAGUCUGUUCGGUCAUAAUGCCGUUCCUGUCGACUAUUUUCUUAAACAGUGCUCAGAUAUCUAUGGCAAACAGUUUACCCCACAGUCCAUCCAGAAAGCUGUCCAAACGACUAACGCCUUGUACGGCGGUUUCCGACCUAACGUCACGAACGUAGUGUUUCCUAACGGUUCACUCGAUCCCUGGCAUGCGUUGGGCGUAUUGAAGGACCUGAACAACAGUACCCGUGCCCUAUACAUACACGGGUCGUCUCAUGGCUCCGAUUUGUUUGCACAGCAAUCCACUGACACCCAGGAGCUGAUCGAUGCCCGCAAAACCAUUGCAAAACAGUUGCAAUUGUUUUUACAAUAAAAUAAAAUUUUUAAAAAAUUAAUAAUAAUAUCUAUCCUAAUAAUAAUAAUAAUAAUAAUA